AUGUCGAAAAGCCAAGUAAAUUUAUGCAAAUUGAUUAUUCGGGAAAAUUUUGCUGAAAUUGCAGAGAAACUAUGUAGCAUCUUACUGGAAGUGGGCCCUUGUCCUUUGAAAUAUCUUGUUUUUCAAAGUGGGUUCAAACACGAACAGGUGAAAAAGAUUUUGGCUUGUCUUAUUUACCAGCACAUUGUGAAAUUUAGUCCCAAUAAAAAGGGCUAUGUUGAAUAUAACAUCAAUGUGGAUAUUAUAUUGUGUCGUGUACGUUUUCCUUACUUCAUUUAUACUGCCAAAACAUUGUAUGGUGAUGCUUCAGAGUUAUUGGUAGAGGAGAUUCUUCAUCGAGGACAGGACACAAUGGAUAAUGUUGUCAACAAAGUCACUGAACGCCUUAAUGAUGCUCUUGAAGCCUCUGGUCAUCCCAAAAUUUCUUCAACUUUAGUCCGUGAUAAAUUUCACAGUCUUGUCCAAACCCAUUUUAUACAACGAUGCCUAACCCCUGUACGAGAUACUUCUGGCAAAGUUGUCUCGCUUGGUACAGCUGAAGAUGUGGAAAUCCGACAUGUCAUUCCUGAUAAAGCCAAAAAACGGAGGAAUUCAGAUGAGCCACCUUCUUCAAAAUGUCAAAGAACCAGUGGUAACAGUGAAAAUAUCCAGUGGCAAGUGAACUUUGAUCGAUUCCAUCAACAUUACCGGGACCAGCUAAUAAUUUCAGGAAUGGUAAAUAAAGUUGACAAAAAAGCCUCUGAAAUCAUUCGGACAAUGCUGAGAAUUGGAGAGGUUAGUUCAUCUCCUGAUGCCCUCUCCACUGCUCCUAUCUCCAUAAAUGAAAUUUUCCAUAACCUCCCCAAAGAUUUAGGAAUCACAAAACCAAUUCUUGAACAGUAUUUAUCAGUGAUGUGUGAUGAUUCGGAAUUUGUAACCCGAUCUGGAGACAGUGGUGGAGGAAUAUAUGAAAUAAAUGUCUACAAGUCACUGACUGCUCUGUGCAAGAGUCACAUUCAGUCUGUUGUUCAGGAAAGAUUUGGUUCAAAAAGUCUCAGAAUUUUCCGGAUUUUACUUCUAAAGAGACAUCUAGAACAAAAACAGAUUGAAGAAUAUGCCAUGAUUCCUGCCAAAGAAGUAAAAGAAUAUUUGUACAACAUGUUCACAAAUGGUUUUAUUACAGUAACUGAGGUGUCCAAAGCACCUGACCAUGCCCCUUCACGGACAUUUUACCUUUUUACUGUUGAUAUUCAACAAGUUGCUCGGAUGCUUCUUGAACGUUGUUAUCAGGCUCUGUCCAAUGCUAUGUUACGCAGAGAACAUGAAGUAAAAGAACAUAGGCGUUUGUUAGACAAACAACAAAGAGUGGAAGCCAUCAUAGCCUCACUUGAUCAGAGUGGUGUGGAUGAAACUCAAAAAGCAGAAGUCGAACAAACCAUUACACCUGCUGAAAGGACACAAUUGGCCAAAGUUAAACAUGACAUCAACCAGUUAGAUCAAUGUGAAAUACAAUUGGAUGAGACAGUCUUCCUCUUGCAGAUGUACUUAUUUUAUUGCAGACAAAACUGUCAGAUGAGCUGA